AUGUAUAAUGCUAAGAAUUUUACUUAUAAGAAGCUCUUACAAAAAGGUUUGCGCGAAAUGAAGAAUAAAUGCCUUCUUCUGUGCGUUCACUAUAUUCUGGUCUCAAUUCUUGUAUCGCAUACCAGAGCUCAGGCCUAUUCUGUGGCCAAUAUUAUACCUCAAGGUUAUGACCCAAAAACAGCGCCCAAUCCCACAGGCGUAACAAACGUCAACAUCAGUGUUAUUGUCAAUGAUUUACUGGCCGUCACUGAAUCCGAUUCGAGUUUUCAAUUGGACCUAACAUUGAAACUCAAGUGGUUUGACAAUCGAUUAAACAUGUCUACAAUCAAAGCUCUCAUUCAAAACACAAACAAUACAAUCGAUAACAUAAUACUUGACAGCAUCACUAAAACUUCAUCGGAAUUAAUGUUAUUCUGGGAUGAAUUUGUGUCCGCAUUCACUCAAUACCCGAAGUUCAGGAUUAGGAGUACUUAUACGGAAACAUGUGUUAGAACUUCAUAUUCGGGUAACUUUUCGUGUAUGAAAGCCACACUCAAACUGGUGCGACGGGUCAGCUAUUAUGUGAUCCGUGUCUAUGCGCCCACAUUUCUCUCCGUUAUCGUCACUUUUGUCGGGUUCUGGAUACCAAUCCUGGGCUGGCCCGCCAGGGUAACAAUUCUGGUGACACCACUCCUGAGUUUGAUCACACAAGACAUCUCACUUAAUAACGACAUAAGUGUGUCAUAUGUGGUGGCAAUCCAUUGGUGGAUGAUUUGGUGUCAGGUAUUUGUCUUUCUGGCGCUCAUUGAGUACGCGAUGGCCAUAUCGUGGGCUCAUUUUAUCAACGAGAAGAAGGCCUUACAAGCGAAUAAUAACAACAACACAAACAGCGCUUUUGAUAUGACUAAACUUCGGGGCCAUUACUUCGGUAACAAGAAUUGGUUCAAGAGAUCCGGUAAAGUGAUUGAGAGGGUACUGAUCUUCUUCUACGGUGAGGUCGACUAUUGGAAAGACCCGCUCUCGAGGAAUAAAGUUGAUUAUUGCUCAAGAAUUCUGUUCCCAUUCCUAUGGAUCAUAUUUACCCUGUUGUAUAUAUUUGCGGCCAUAUGUCCCUGGGCUGUCAACUAUAACGAUUAGCUCUACCAAUACUACUACUUAACC